GGUGCACUUAGCCGAUCGGACUAAAAAAUGAGUUUGAUUUAUUCCAUCGACUUAUAUGUUUUAUUGUUUUGACGAUUCUAAUAAGAAGCGGAAUCAAUAAUGUCGUGCCGGCCAUUUGAAGGUCCAUUAAGACAGGUACACUUUUUUGGAAGUCGAAGAUGUUGGGUGAAGUUGUAUCGCGGGACCAUAUCCGUGGCUGAUAAGAGAGACGAUAAGCAGGCAGAUGGAGGAUUAUUAAAGAAGUCUGUUUACCGGCAUUUGGAAUUUGCGGAAAUCGUGACUGGAAAAACCCCAAGUCCAUAUAAAAUCAAACUGCGAUUGCAAACUGGUGAGCGACUCAAGUUUCGGGUUCCGGUUACUUCUGGUGCUAACAAACGACCGGAGUGGAUAGCUGCCCUAGAGAACCACAUUGCGUACGCAAACCGAUGUUAUGGCAUUGGAGACGGGCGUCCUGUCACCGAUUCCACCAGUACACUGUUGACCUUAUCUCAAGAAGCGAAAGAGCGGAUACGUGCUUUAGAGGAAUCUCUGACAUCUUUCAAUGUCGCCUUGCGAAAUAUUCAGCCGCGUCUUCUGAAUAGCAAUGUCACGCAGAAUCUGCAGGAUGUCACCGGAUGCACUGAAAAAGCUUACCUCAUUCUCAAAGAUUUCUGUGAUGCCGUACAACAGGAGAACCAAAGGCGAGACGAUGAGUUAAGCAUUGAGCGGAAUCGAGCUCGUCUGGCCGAAGAAACCUUAGAGGUUAUCACGCAGAAGUAUAAUGCACUACUGCUCAGCGUGGAGAAACGCUCGGGAAAGUCAUCUUCCUCCCGCACUAGCAGUUCGGCUUAUUUUACUCCGGAUGGAUCACUCCUGCAUUUUCAGGAUGCCCUGUAUCACGAUACUCCCGAGCCUUAUCACGACCAGCCGGAUGGCGCAAAUUUCCCGUCGGUGAACGAUUCCGAGCAGCCGGCGGCUGACAUGCGCCCGGAUGAUGUGGAUAAUGUUUUGUCCAAAUUAGAAGCCGCCGCACAGCGUCGCGUCCGGGGUGAUGCCCCGCCCAUGCCGCGGAUCGCUUCCUUUGGUCCCAUGUCCAUAGCCGGAUCGUCAUAUUAUCAUACGGAUGCCAUGUCGAACGGAUAUUUAUCCUCCAAUUCGGAUCUAUACCAUGACUGUAUAUCAGUGGAUACAAGGUCGUUCGUUGUUUCCAACGGUUACGCCGUAACCUCACAGGAAACGCCCGCUCCGCCCCAGUCAGAGAGCAGCGACUUGAAGAGCUUUCAUUCUGCAAAUUCCAAAUCAGGGAAAUCGUCUGAUGUUCAAAGUUUUCAUACCGCCAAUUCUAAAUCAGGAAAAUCUUCAGAUGUUCAGAGCUUUCAUACAGCGAACUCAAAAUCUAGGAAGUCUUUUGCCUCGGAUACUCAGAGUUUCAAAUCUGCAAUUUCCGAGCGCUAAUAUGGCAUGUAAAAGAUACUUCGUUGACACAAUCAGUAUGAAAAUCUGGAGGUCUACGUGCAGUCAAGAAUUUACUGUUAUUGUGUCAAAGUGAUUUCGAAGUGUGAUGUAACAGGAAUCGCUGUUUAAUUAUAUAAUGUUCAGUUGUUUUACAAAAGGUGCCUUUUUUAUGUAAUACGUGAAAUAUUACUGUUGUCUGUUAACUGAAAUUGUGGCUUCUAAUUAAACAAUGGAAUA